AUGUCUUACAACCCCCCCGGGGACUUCAUAGUGCCCGACAUCAACACACAGGAAGUCUGCACUCAGUUGCAGAUCCGUUACGCCUGCGGUCACUCGACAGGCGGCGAGUUCGUUAAAUGCCCACGGCACGUCAAAAAAGAGGACGAACGCUGCACCAGCCGUCAAAUCAACCAUGUAGAUGUCAAGAAUUCGUCGCACAAGUGUCGCCUAUGCCUGCGAAGUGAAUGA